AUGAGCCCCCGCUCGCUCUCGCCGCUGUCCGACUCGGGUCGCAGCGAGGCCGAGGAGAAGGUCACAAAGAAUGCACUAUCCAACAAGAACACCAAUGUUGAUCCGUCCGCCAGACCUUCGUCUUCAUCUCGCCUUUCUCGCUACGAUCGCAGCGACCGCAAGUAUGCGGUCAUGUUCAACCCGCGAGCCCACUUUGACGACUACCGCCCAGACGGAUCCCGAUCGCCUUACCGCAAUGACCGCGACCGCUCCCGCUCCAGGUCACCAUACCGCGCAAGCAAGGAGAAGGACAAGGUCGAGGACACCGUUGGACAGAAGCGCCGCCGCGAAGAUGAUCAAUACGGCAAGAGCGCAUCAGACACGCGACGUCACAAGGUCUACCAGGAUCCUCCAGGACGUGGUCAGGCCUCGAACUACCAUCGUGGUUCAGACCGUGUAUCACACCCAAGCGGUAGACCCCACAACAACGACCGUGAUGGGCGCGGCCGUGGCAACAUGCGCAACUCUUACGGCGAUCGUGACCGCGACAGGAGCAGAUCUCCGUACCGUGCACCUGCUGACAACACCUCCCGACCAGGAAGCCGGCAGGAACAAGACGUUUCGAAUGAUUCUAGAUCCAAGAGACGUGGAAGCACGCCUUCUGCUCAACGCGAGUUUACCCCACAAGCUCCACGAGAUCGUGCUGAUACUAAGAUGUCAUCUUCUCAAUCAGAGCAAGAAGCGGCGGCAUCUCAAAACGUCGGCAAGGCAAGUGAUCAACUUGAAGAAGCGGAACCUGAGAAGCAGCUCUCUGAAGCUGAGCUAAUCGAGCAACGCCGCAAGAAGCGUGAAGCAAUUAGGAAGAAGCACGCAGCAUCGUCGAUCGGCGAUUCACUUCUGCGCGCUACCUUGGAGGCGAAUCAGGCAUCCGCAGUUGUCACACCACAGCAUGAGAGUGUGACUGGAUCCCGAGAGCAAUCCCCACCAUCGCCGUCCUCGGUAGGAUCUCCAAGUACUCCCAGAGACAGCACUUCAGCUCCAACAUCACCGGCAGAGUUCGCGACGAUGAAGGAUGUGGACUUGGCGAAUCCUCUACAGGUAAAUGCCACGAUGGAUGACCAGGGCCAGUCUGCUGCAGACUACGAUCCGAACCAAGACAUGGACGAAGAUCGACCAGAAUUCAAGCAGCAACAUGUGCAGGAGUCGCUGCCACAAGAAGAGACGACUGUCGCAGCACCGCCAAAGAAGUCUGCUGACGACUUCGACAUGUUUGCUGAUGAUGACGACGACAUGUUCGCAGCCAACGAAGCACCGAUUCAUCAAGCUGGCGGUAAACAGGCCCGUGCGCUGGACGAGAGCCUUCACGACAAUUGGGACUACCCAGACGGUCACUACCGCAUCAUCAACGGUGAGCUCUUGAAUGGUAGAUAUGCGGUUGAGCAACAGGUCGGCAAGGGCACCUUCGCCACUGUCGUGCGAGCUACCGACACCAACACGGGCACGAAAGUUGCCAUCAAGAUUGCCUGCCGAAACGAUACCAUGUUGAAAGCAGGCCAGAAGGAGAUGCAAUUUCUUGAGCGCCUCAACGAGAGAGAUCCAGAAGACAAGCGGUACAUCAUCCGCCUGCUUGGCAACUUCACGCACAAGGGUCAUCUAUGUCUUGUUUUUGAAGGCCUGCACAUGGACUUGCGCGAGGUACUCAAGAAGUUCGGCCGAGACGUUGGCAUUAAUCUGGAGGCAGUCAAGCUCUACGCCUACCAGAUGUUCCACGCGCUGCAGCACAUGAAGAACGCAGAAGUCCUCCACGCCGAUCUCAAGCCCGACAACAUCCUCGUCAACGAGAAGCGCACCCUCAUCAAAGUCUGCGAUUUCGGUACUGCUACCUUGCAACAGGAUGCCGAGCUUACGCCAUACUUGGUGUCACGCUUCUACCGUGCUCCAGAAGUCAUUCUCGGCAUGGACUUCGACUAUGCGAUCGACAUGUGGGCUAUCGGCUGCACCCUCUACGAACUGUACGCGGGUCGCAUUCUCUUCAACGGCUCCGACAACAACAACAUGCUCCGUGUCAUCCAGGAAUGCCGAGGCAAGCUGCCAAAUCGACUCAUCAAGCGCGCCAAGUUGGCUGAUAAGUACUUCGACGAUGCCUUCACCUUCCACGGCCUCGAUCGUGACAAGAUGACCGGCAAUGUCAUCCACCGACCUAUGCACUUUGCACAGGGACUCGUUGGCAAAGACCUGAAGUCACGCCUUGGUGGUAAUCUGAACAAGAUGGACGCCGUUCAGCUCAAGGAGCACAAUGUCUUUGUGGAUCUUCUUGACAAGUGCUUGCAGCUGGAUCCUGAGAAACGUAUCAAGCCGAAGGACGCACUGCACCAUCAGUUCUUUGCUCGCCCGCUCCAGGCGAAGCCGAAGACUUCAGCCUCCACGACUCCGUUUCGUCCUGUCUCAGCGAAGAAUGCUGGAUAG